CUGGCAGUGCCGUUUUGCAAGCAGCGCGAGAUGGCGACCCUCUGCUGCUGCGACGGCGAUUUGCCGGCUCGGCCAAUGCGGAGCCGUCAGCUCUCCGCUGCUCGGCUAAACACCGGGCAAUGUGAGCGAGAGUACGCGCGAGACGCGAGCCGACGGGGGGAGGGAGAGUGACCGCGCGGGUCGGACGGUCGGUCGGACCACACUCGCGCGCGCGUCUCGUGGCCGGGAGUCCCUCCACGUGCCACGGACCCCCUCAAAACCCCCCGCGAAUAGUCGAAUCCCCCGUGCCCAACGCCCAAAAAACACAGCCAAACUCCGCGAGAAACCGAGCUGCGAGCGAGUGAAACGCACCACGCGCCGAGCGGCAAAGCGAAGCGAAGAAGAAAUGGAGGCGGUGGAGGACAAGGCGAUGGUGGGAGUGGGAGGAGCGGUGGCGGCGGGGUACUCCUCGUCGUCGUGGGGGUUGGGGACGCGGGCGUGCGACUCGUGCGGCGGGGAGGCGGCGCGGCUCUACUGCCGCGCGGACGGGGCGUUCCUGUGCGCCCGGUGCGACGCGCGGGCGCACGGCGCCGGGUCGCGCCACGCGCGGGUGUGGCUGUGCGAGGUGUGCGAGCACGCGCCCGCCGCCGUCACGUGCCGGGCGGACGCCGCGGCGCUGUGCGCCGCCUGCGACGCCGACAUCCACUCGGCGAACCCGCUCGCGCGCAGGCACGAGCGCCUCCCCGUCGCGCCCUUCUUCGGCCCGCUCGCCGACGCGCCGCAGCCCUUCCCCUUCUCCCAGGCCGCCGCGGAUGCCGCCGCGGCGCGGGAGGAGGAUGCGGAUGAUGACCGGAGCAACGAGGCCGAGGCGGCGUCGUGGCUUCUCCCCGAGCCCGACGACAAUAGCCACGAGGAUAGCGCCGCAGCCGCCGACGCGUUCUUCGCCGACACCGGCGCGUACCUCGGCGUCGACCUGGACUUCGCCCGGUCCAUGGACGGAAUCAAGGCCAUCGGGGUACCGGUCGCGCCGCCCGAGCUGGACCUCACCGCCGGCAGCCUUUUCUACCCCGAACACUCCAUGGCCCACAGCUUGUCGUCGUCGGAGGUCGCGAUCGUACCGGACGCGCUGUCGGCGGGCUCGGCGGCGCCGCCCAUGGUGGUGGUGGUGGCGAGCAAGGGGAAGGAGAGGGAGGCGCGGCUGAUGCGGUACAGGGAGAAGCGCAAGAACCGGCGGUUCGACAAGACCAUCCGGUACGCGUCCCGCAAGGCGUACGCCGAGACGCGGCCGCGCAUCAAGGGCCGGUUCGCCAAGCGCACCGCCGACGCCGACGACGACGACGAGGCGCCAUGCUCGCCGGCGUUCUCCGCCCUCGCCGCGUCGGACGGCGUCGUGCCGUCGUUCUGAGGAAGGACGUACGCACGGUACGGCGAGUCGGCGACGUGCGCCGUCGUAAUUUUGGCGCGCCCCGUGCGCGCGUGCAUGCGUGCGUGUGUGCGACGCAUGGCCCCGUGUGACAUGAAUAAUAUGUACAGUAGUUUUUCAUCCAUGGACGUAGUAUUCUAUUGUACUCCUUGUACUCCUACUACUCCUCUUCUGCCUAACCAAGGCUUGUACAUUACCAUGGGAGUAGCUGUUUUUGCAACCGUGACCAUGGUUCAGUGCUUCAAGUUCAAGGGCGUUAAUGUUACUGUCCAUUCUACUUUUGGAAA